CGAGCGAAGCAUUCGCGUGUGAAUUUACAGCACCAUGCCGGAUCUCAGACGAGUGCACCGCUUUCGCGACCACGCCUGUCGCAGGCGUCAACUGGCGACCGACUCGCUUUGUAGACGAGGUGCACAGUUCGCGUGUGUGUGCCCUCUGUCGCAUGAUUCCAAAGAGGACUGUGUUCUUGCCCUGCUCACACGUCCUAUGCCAGUCCUGUCUCGCAGCCAACUCCCAAGGAUGCGGUGGACGGUGCCCCUUGGAUCAAGAGCCAUUCGAGGAAGCGGAAUGUGCCAGCUUUGAUUUGCCUACCAGAACAGCCAACGCUUUGAAGGUUCAUUGCUGGAACGAAGCGCAUGGAUGCGAAUUUGAAGGAACCAUGGAGGUUAUGCUGCGACACUACGAGAAUGAAUGCACAUUCCACACCGUGGAGUGUUUGCGUUGCGGCAAGCAAGUCCUGCACAGGGCACUGUCAACGCACUAUGUGGCCGAAUUAUGUGCCCCUGUUUCUGUAGCAGGCACAAAGAACAGCUCAUCGGAAUCUGGAGCAUUGACCCUUGAAGGCAUAACGGGUGCUCUCCAAGAACUGGAGACGCUGUUGAGGAACGACAAACACAACAAGCUGCUGUCUGCGAUUCAGUGUGCAAUGAAUGAGAUGUUUGAACAGAUCGGAAACCAGGAAUCCGGGGUGGCCGUGUUCCCUCACAAUGUCGCAGCACCUGUCAAGGCAGAGAUGGCUCAAAUCGCAGCACCGAGUCCCUCGACGUCGUUGCUUUGGGAAACUUCUCGGCAGAAACCUACUGAGGACGCCAGCACGUCGGCUGCAUCGUUCUUGCAGGAAACAACGACCCCUCACAAUGUCGCAGCACCUGUAAAGGCAGAUAUGGCUCAAGUCCCAACACAGAGUCCCUCGACCCCGUUGCAAGAAAGAACUUCUCGGCACAAUUCUACUAAGGACGCCAGCAAGACAUUCCAGAAGGUGUUCUGA